UGCAUUUGAAUUUCUAUCUGAAUCAGUUUGGCUGAUAUUUUGUAUAAAAAAGUGAUUUUCUUUCUUCAAAACCCUCUGCUAAUCGAGCAAUGGACUUAUGUAUACUGUGGCUUCAUCGUACACAACACGUCAUUGAAAUCUUCAAACAUUUGUGACGUUGAUUUGGGCAAGUUGAUUUAUUCGGAGAUUUUCCAAAAAAAAAUUUUCAUUAUGGAAUGUCCUCGUUUAGAAGACUUAGCAAAAGAUAAACUUGUAAGCAUUAGCAAUGAUGCUAGUGUUUGCACUGCACAAUUCUCAGAAGAAAAUAACUUUGUCGCAAAUGAAACAUACGGAAAUGGGGAUUGCCAUAAUGAUAUUCCUGAAUCUGGCAACAUGACAGAAAUAACGGAUGAGCAAUCUAAUUUAAAAUGUGACGUUUUUGAGAUAGAACUAUCAGAGACAUACAACUUGAUAGAGCAACAAGCAGACAUACAAUCCAUUUCUAAGUUGUAUGAAUGUGACGUUUGUCAAAUGAAAUUCCCUGCUGCUAGUAAACUGACAAGACAUAGACGAAAACAUUUUGGUGAGAAAUCCUUUGAAUGCAGUGUCUGUCAGAGAAAAUUCUCUGACCCAAGUAACUUGGCAAGACAUAUGAAAAUGCAUACUGGAGACAAACCUCAUGCAUGUGAUACCUGUGAUAAGAGUUUCAUAUUUUUAAGCGACUUAGUCAGGCAUAAAAGAACUCAUACUGGAGAGAAACCUUACGAUUGUGAAGUUUGCCACAAGAAAUAUUCAACAAUUAGUAACCUGAAUAUCCAUAAGCGGUCUCACACUGGCGAGAAACCUUAUGAAUGCGAUGUUUGCCACAAGAGAUUCUCUCGAUCAAACUGUUUAACUGCACACAAAAAUACACAUAUUGUAGACAAAAGUUAUGAAUGCGAUGUUUGCAAGAAGAAAUUCUCAACAAGUAAGAACCUAAGUGCCCAUAAAACCGCCCACGCUACCAGUAAGCCUUACGAAUGCAAUAUUUGCAAGAAACAGUUUUUAAGGUCAUACCGAUUAGCUGCACAUAAAAGAACACAUAGUGGUGAAAAACCUCAUGAUUGUAAUGUUUGUGGCAAAAGAUUCGCAGAAAUUAGCAACUUGAACGCGCAUAAGAAAACCCACACUGGGGAUCAACCUUUUGAAUGUGAUAUUUGCAAGAAACGAUUUUCACGUUCACACCUGGUUGAAAGACAUAAGAGGUCAUCGCACAAUGCAAGGAAACCGUACGAGUGUGAUAUUUGCAAAAAACGAUACAAAAAUAAAAAACCCCGAUGAAGCAACACAGAAGGUAUCAUUUGUGCAUGACAUGCGGACGAGACAAUGUCGGGGAACUGGAUGACACAAAUGAACCAGAACAACCUCACAUUACCUGUGAUGUUCAUCAGUGCAAUAGACAGUUUGACAGUGUGAACAAAUUAUUACAGCACAAGGCUCGUGAACACGGGAUACCUUAUAAAUGCAGUGUUUGUAGGCAGUUAGAGACGACAGAACCAAAUGAAGUUAGUUUUAUCUGUUCUCUGUGCGCUGUUGCCUUUGUUUCAUUAAAAGAACUCGAAGAUCAUGUUGAAAAUCAUAAUAAGCAACGAUCAGAACUUCAAGAAAAAUCAUGAUGCGUUGUACCAAAGAAUUCAUAAGGACCUGAUAAGUUAAGAAUGUUUUCCAAGUCAAGGUGUACAGAAUAAAUAUUGCACUAAUAUACUGUGUCUGAUAUAUUUAUUAAAGAUGUCUCGUGUCUCUUUUGACUUGUAAUUGCUGGAGGUUAAUGACAGAUCUCGGUCGGAUUAAUCAUGCACGUGUUUUUAAAAUAUCAUUAACACCGAAUGGGGUUUAUUGCUACAAAUAUAUACCCAGAAAUCAGUAACACUAUGCCAGAUAUAUAUAUAUAAUCGUCUUUACUGCGAACUUGCGUGUUGGCAGAGAGUAGCAUUGACUAUCAUACGGUAUUUUUACACGGGUUGUUGCAACAGGCAUAAGUGUCAGAU